UGUCCACAGGGGGGCACUGCCCCAGAGUGAGGCGGCGUCUGCGGUCCCGGGAGUCAGCGUCUCUGAAACUGGCAUCGCGUGCGUCUUGUCGCUCUCCAGGUUCCCCAGGCGCGCGGCUAUGGUGUCGGGCUGAGCUGUCGGCGGGGCGGAGGAGCUGAGCUGCGGGAUGGAGGGGCCGCUGGAGCCGAGCUCCGAGACGAUCCUGCGCUUUCUCGCCGAGCGCGGGGGCCGGGCCCGGCACUCGGAAUUGGUGCAGCACUUCAGGGACGCCCUGGGCGGCCAGCGCGAGCAGCGCACCCGCGCCCGCGAACACUUCAAGGAACUGGUCAACGCGGUGGCCACCGUGCGCACCGACCCCGCGGAUGGUACCAAGUAUGUGCACCUCAAGAAGAGGUUCUGGACAGGGGGGUCCCCUCCGCUGGAGGCCUCGCUCCCCCGGGACCUACCGCGUAUCGAGGUGACUGAGGAGCCUCCAGUCCCGGACCUUCCAGCCGAGCCCUGCGAGGGCAGCCCGCUCCAGGAGGGGGCAGAUCCACAGUUGUCUCUCGGGCUGGGUGGCGAAGCGAGUGACCCGGAGCCUCCGAUCCCUGCUCAGAGUGGGGCCCAGGGUAAGAACUCGCCGCAGGAGGGCCAGGCGGAGUCCUGGGCUUCAGUCGCCGGGCCCAGCGAGAACCUGAAACUCCCAUCACAGGGCGGUGAGGAGGUCGAAGGGACCAGUUCCCCCGGUGGGCCGAAUACGCCGAGGUCGGCUCGUCAGAACUUUCGGGACCUGGUGAUGGGCAGCUCCCCUCAACUCAAGAGGAGCGCGGGCCCGGGGGACGGUAGCUCUGGGAGCAUCUCCGGAGGGGGUCGCGGCCGAGGAGGGGGCGACUCGGAUAGCGCAUCGUUGGCUUCGUCAUCCGCCGAAGAGGAGAGCAGCGGUGCGGGCGCGGUCACUCUGGAUCCCCUGGAGCACGCCUGGAUGCUCUCGGCUUCGGAGGGCAAGUGGGACAGCCUGGAAGGGCUGCUCACUUGUGAGCCUGGCCUGCUGUCGAAGCGAGACUUCAUCACCGGCUUCACCUGUCUCCACUGGGCCGCCAAGCACGGCAGGCAGGAGGUCCUGGCCAUGUUGGUCAACUUUGCCAGCAAACACCAGCUGCCAGUGAACAUCAAUGCCAGGUCGAGCGGCGGCUACACUGCCCUCCAUUUGGCGGCCAUGCAUGGGCACGUGGAGGUGGUGAAGUUACUAGUCGGGGCCUAUGACGCAGAUGUGGACAUCAGGGACUACAGCGGGAGGAAGGCCUCUCAGUACCUGAGCGAGAGCAUCGCAGAGGAGAUCAAGAGCCUGGUGGGAGCCAUGGACGAAGAUGAUGGGGACAGUACCACCGGCCGCGGGAGUGGGCGCUGGAGACUUUCGAAGGUGCUCCCGUCACACCUCAUCACUUACAAACUCUCGCAGGGCAUGGAAGAUGGAACUGAACAUCACCAUCACCACCACCACCACGUCGCCGAAGGAUGGCCCGGAAGCAAAGCAAAAGAUUCAGGUCGCAAAGCCUUGGGCAGCUCCAGUGGACGGAUAAAACCACGACUCAACAAAAUCCGAUUCCGAACCCAGAUCAUUCACACCACACCCUCCUUCAAGGAUACCGAACAGGCCCUGGAGGAAGGGGAAGAGGAGGAAGAGGAAAGGUCUCUUAAAGGCUACUCAUCUUCCUUCAAACUGAGACCGAAGUCCAAUGUAUUUGGGUAAAAAAAUAAUCCGUGCUAGAAAUGCUAAGGUUUAGUUGUCUUCAAGGUAGAAUAAUAGUGGCUGUGGAUAGAUAAGAGAGUGGAACCAGAAAAGACAGGAUAACAUUACGAAUUUUAACUUGUGGGCUUGGGGUGGUCCGUAGUAAUCCUUUCAGGAUAGCCAUUCUGGGGCGAGAGAAUGUCUUAAAUGAUUCACAAUCCAUUGAUCUGUGCCUCUCUCCCCACCCCACCCUUGUAACCUGGGACAUGUGAGAACUGGAAUGGACUGAUGACUAAGAGCUGCUUUGCUUUAACCAUUUCUAGAUACCAUACACAGUAAGGACUGCCACACUUUCACGCCUGUUUUUCCAAGUCACUCUUAGGACAUCAGAAAAUGCAAACUGUAUGCUAAUAGAAACUGAGCCUGGUCAUGUUUGUAAGUGAACCAAACUAUGGGCUGUCCUGGUUUCUUACUGUUCAGUUCGCACUUGCUCCUUAAGGUGCUAACGAAGGUCCAGGUCAGAGUUGAAAUGUGAAACUGCAAACGAGAAUUAUGUGAGUCAAGCUGGGAACCCUGUUGGUAUCUUACUUAUAGUAUAAGCAGCGGUUCCCAUUUUUCAAAAGCAAUUUCAGUUUUAAUCACUGAACUAAAGAAAUAAGCAGCGUUUGCUUUUGAGUUAUUGUAAUAUGGUUUGUGCCCAUAUAAUGCUAUUCAGUAUACGGUACAUGAUUAAUCACAAAUUUUUAUUUAAAUAGAACACUUAGCAGUCUAUGGUACUUUUUUAAAUGUGUGUCUUGAUGAGCAUUAACUUGUUUUGCUACUCUGAAAUUCUCACCUUUCUGGGGUUUGUACUCUGGCGAUUCUUUUUGAUGAAACUUACGGUACUUAGACUGAUUUACAUAUUACUUAAAUCUUUUCUUGUUUAGAAAAUAGCAGAAAUCAGUAUAAGUAUUAAUAAGCCUAUGCUUCUGUGAAGUAGUUAUUAAAUCAAUUUAAUAUGGUUCUCAUAUAAGAGAUAUUUAAUUUUAUUAAUACAUUCACAGUCUCUAUGCUUCAUAGCAACAUUUUACAAAUGUUCAAAAUCUUUCACUUUUCUUACAUUUCUUCGUAUCUACUCAAAGAGCUAUCUGUGGUAUAGUUACUUAAAAGCUAGAUAGUUUGCCCAUUUAAAAAUGGGCAGAUGUGUUAUACUUUAUAGAAAGAAAAGGAAACGGAACCAUUUGUGUAUUUCAAUGCUGCUAGCUAUUGCAUUUCCUCAUAUAUACAUGGAAAAAUACUGUCCCUUAAAAUUAAAGACUUUCAUAACUGCGAUCCUUAAUUACAUUCCAUUCAUUUGUGUUUGAGUAAAUGGCUUUAUAAUCACUUUAAAAUUUAACUCACAAACCUAUUAAAUCUUGUAACAGGAUUAGAAACUUCUGUAGGAGACUGAUUUGACCAAAUCCUCUCUCCGUCUUUCUGGUCUGAUUGUUGAAACCUAAGUUGUUAGAACCUACAAGCUGGGGGGGGGGGGGGGGGGGGUGUGAACAGCCCAGCCCACAAAGUGAGGAGACUGCAUGGUUGUACAGAGCUGCAACAUUUUGUUGUUAACUUUCCCAAGUAGUAGAAAUUUCUAACAGAUUUGUCACACCUCUCUCAAGGUAGCAGGUAAAAUUGUUUAAAUAUACUCAUGAAACACAUUCGUUGUGGCUAAGGAGAUGACUCGGUAGGUAUGAGCAUUUGUUCUACAAGCCUGAGUACCUGUGUUUGGAUCCCCAGCACCCAUAGGAAAGGCUAAGCCUUUAUAUGAGGAUGCCUGUAACCCAGCACUGGGAGGUGAGACAGGCAGAUCCCCAGAGCCCAGGGGCCGGCCAUCCUACUUGAAACAGUGACUUCUAGUUCAGGGAGAGACUGUCUCAAGGCUAUAAGGAAGGCAUAGAGGAAAUCACCUGACAUUCUACUCAGGCCUCAGAGUAAGCACACAUACGGGUGCUCCCAAACAUUCUCGUGCCUACACUACACACACACACACACACACACACACACACACACACACACACACAUAAGUUGUUAUCCACUUAUGUGCCUUUAUCUUUGUUUUAGGAUUUAAGAAGUAGUUUGUGUACAUUGAUAAGCACUUUUUCUGUAUAUGAGUGAAAAGCCAGUGUAAAAAGCAAUCGUGUUCCAUGUAUAGACAUUAACUAUAUCUAGUGCAGAAUAAGCUUACAAUUCCCAUCAAGGACUUUUAAAUUCCAUUUAAGAUAAGGCAACUAUACAAGUAGAUGUUUUAGAACCACAUAAAGGUUCUAGUAAACAGUCAUUUUUAAUCCCUUCACAUGUAUGUUAGUAAUUAAUUGAAUAAAAUCUAUAAUUUUCUAGAUUUUUAGAUACCAAGUAAAUACAUCAUUUAACUUUGUCUUUACACUAAAUGUUUAAAACUCUGAUAAAACAUUUAAAUUGAGUCAUUCCUGGACUGGCCAGACAACUAGGCAGAUAAAAGUGAUUGUCUUACAAGCCUGAAGAACUGAGUUUGACCCUAGAACCCACAGUAGAAGGAGAGCUAACUCCUGAAAGUUGUCCUGUGAUCUCCACAUGUGUGCCGUGGCAUAUGCAUUCCUGUACUCACAUGCAUAUACACACAAACGCAAAAUUAAUAAAUUCAAAUUUUAAAAACAAAAAAGAGGGAACUCCUAGCAUUCCUUGUCAUAAUGCACUUUGUACAGUAAGUAUAAAAUUUCAAGCUACUUAACUCCAUUCCUCUUACUUUUCAAUUUCCAAAUCAAGAGUAGAAAAAAUGAUUGUAUAAUUUGAUAAUCAUGAAGUUGUAUCUCCCAAUAGUGGCAAUACAUUAAAUACAGGCGUCUAUUAACAAGAGACUGUGUAGUUUAAAUACAAGUUUGUUCACGUGUUUUUCAGGUACGCUUGUAACUAUGAAUGUCAGUUUGCCUUUAUGGUAUGUAAAAUGAAGUAAACUGUGGUACUAGUUUAUUCACACCUGAAAUAUUGGAAUAUGACGUUUGUCUUUUGCUUUUUAAGUAAGUCAAAGUUUGUGAAUUUCGGUAAAUUUUGUCAAAAUAAAAUGUUCAUGGUAGAAAUUGAA